GUUUCGAUAACCGCUGAUCAUCGCGGGCUCAAUUACCUUCCGUGUCGUGAAAAUACGCCACGCUUUCACGAGAAAAAAAAUAAUAAUUUAGCCUUCCUUUCCCUUAAUUUCUCCUAGAAAUGUCGAGACGAGGUAGCCGAGGCAAACCCAACCACAAGGGAAGACGAAGACAUUUUACCGAUGAAGAAGACUUAAAAAUGGAGCUAGAAAAAGAAAAACGCAAGGAAGAAUGGCGGGAAAGAAGAGGUGAAAUUUCCUCUGACGAUGAAGAAGAAAAAGCAGAAUCCAACCCUGCCCAACUCAAGGAGGGUGACAGUGAUUCAGCCUCUGAUGAUGACGAGGAAGCUAAACCCACUGGAGUGCAAGCCUUGAUAGAGAUUGAAAACCCAAACAGAGUCCUACAGAAAACAAAAAAGGUUACUGAAAUUGAUGAUGCACCUGCUCCAGCGCAGUUAUCAAGAAGGGAAAAAGAGGAGAUCGCUAAGCAACAGGCAAAACUUAGAUAUCAGAAGCUGCAAGCCGAAGGAAAGACAGACCAAGCUAAGGCUGAUCUCGCCCGUCUCGCAAUCAUCAGAAAAGAAAGAGAGAUGGCAGCUAAAAAGAGAGAAGAGGAGAGAAAAGCCAAAGAAGCAGCAACAGCAACCAAGAUGGGGAAAGGAAAAUGAUAGGAAUAUUUACAAUUGUAUUUUGAUUCAUGUAACUAUAGAUACCAAAAUAAAAAAAACCUGUCAAGUCGUAUUUUGCUAGCGACAUUGAUUGUACCUUGACACGGUACCUUUCUUUUUGAAAAAUGUUUAAGUCUCAUGUGGUCAAUAACAUACUAAAAGCCUAACAAAAUCCGAGCAUGGGAACUUUGGUAAAUUUUCUUUUUGUGACCAUCUUGGAUUCUACUGUUAUUUAUGUCUCAGUAGCUGCGUAUUCAGUGAAACUUCCUAAUGAGUUAAGCUCUUACAAUAAUUAUUGUCGCAUUUGAAAAAAAAUCAAUCUAUGCUUUGUAAGGAAUGCAUUAUUUUUCUCACUAAAAAUAUUUCGUUAACAAUACUUAGGCACCAAACAUGAAUGUAGAAAAUUACCAUACAAUCCAAAAUGGCUUACAAUUAUUUUCUUGUUAUGAUUUCUUUUGAAGUGAUAUAUGUAGAUGCUUAUUUAGAUGUCCACAUGCUCUGAUAUUGGUAGACUUUCAGUAUGUUGUAAGUCAUAGCUGCAGGAUUUAAAUCUGCUAGGUGUGUACAGCUUGAAUUUGUUCCUGGCCUGUAUUGUAUUAUUUCUGGUGUGAUAUGAUUGGACUGUGCCCUUGAUAAUCUCAAAAAUGUUGUCAAAAGACAAAUACUAAAAUAAUACUUUGUAAGCUGUAGUAAAAUGUCAAGAGGUAAAUUGCCUAUAAUUAUGAGAACACCCUUUAACAAAAAUCUGUAUCUUCUUGUCACAAGAUAUUUGGUAUGGAGUGCCUUGAGACCUCAAGGGAAACCAAAAAAACCUUAUGUACCUCCUUAUGUAACUAAGGGCGUGAGUCUGGACUCUACUGUAUUAAAUGUGGUUUUACUGUGGCUAUUUUGAUCAUCAACACACAAUGACUGUCAGACCAACACAAGUUGCCAACAUAAAGGCGAGUUUAAAACAUGGUAUAAGCCAUAUACCAUCUGUUAAAGCAUUUCUGAGUAUUUAUGGUUCAUUUCUUUCUUUUCUGUAUAUUUCUUUGUUUAUAAUUUCCAAUAAAGAAUGUUAAACAUG